GGUGGGAACCAGCGUGAACUUGCCCGCCAAAAGAACCUGAAGAAGACUCAGGAGAUCCACAAAGGGAAAAGGAAAGAGGAUAGCUUGUCUGCUUCUCAGAGAAAACAGAGAGACUCCGAAAUUAUGCAGCAAAAACAAAAAGCGGCUAAUGAAAGGAAGUCUAUGCAAACAGGAGCAAAAUGAGCUGCCUAUAUGGAGAAGAUAGAAUGCACCAAUGAAGCAGAAAGGCGUAGAAGAUCAUUCAUGAAAGUGUCUGGCCAUUAAAUGAUUAAAUGUCUAUCUUGCAGAGUUGUGCAACUAGCAUUAGUUUAGAGUAUUUUCUGGUUAGCAUAGGCUUAGUUGUCUGGAGUGCUAUUUCAAAACUUACUACGCUGUUCUGCAUGCAUAUGAAUAAAAGUACCACGCAAUAGCUUUACUCCAGCUUUUGCUGUAUUUGUUGGUUUCACUUAGUGGUUCCAGUAACAAUGAAUUUCUGAAGUUAGACCAGAUUUUCUUGUCUUAAUUCUUGAAGUACAGCUUCAUUCAGAAUGGAACACAUUGUAAAAUGUGCUUAACCUUACUGAGGUCUGGACUGUAAAUCUCAAAUUAUUUUUUACAAUAAAAUGUUGCAUGAAA